CUCGUUUGUUCAAGUACCGUGGACCACAGUGACCACACCCAACGACACAGAGAAACAGAGAGAAAAAAAGAUGUUGGAGCUGUGCCGCAGGCAACUUGAGAUGUGCUUUGGUGGUGAAGGCAACGACGAUGAUCUCCUCUGGCACAACGAGUCAAAGCCCCAUGCUUCAAGGGACUAUUCAAUUGCAGUGGUUCAAGCCAAUUCCUCCUUGGAAGACCAAGCCCAAGUCUUUACCUCUCCCUCCGCAACCUAUGUUGGCGUAUACGACGGCCACGGUGGACCCGAAGCUUCGCGUUUCAUCACCAACCAUCUUUUCAACUUCCUUAGCAAGUUUGCGACAGAGGAAGGUGGUUUGUCGGAGGAAGUGAUAAAGAAGGCUUUCGAGGCAACUGAAGAGGCGUUUUUGCGUUUAGUGAGGCAAUCGUGGAUUGCACGGCCACAGAUUGCUUCAGUGGGUUCGUGUUGCCUUCUGGGAGCGAUUUCGAAUAACGUUCUUUACGUUGCUAAUUUGGGGGAUUCGAGAGCGGUUUUGGGUCGUAAAGCAUUGAAAGGAAAGGUGAAUUGUGGUCCUGUGGUGGCAGAGCGUUUGUCCACUGAUCAUAAUGUUGGAGUGGAAGAGGUCAGAAAGGAGGUUGAGGCUCUUCACCCUGACGAUGCACACAUUGUGGUUUGCACUCGUGGAGUUUGGCGAAUCAAGGGCAUUAUUCAGGUCUCAAGAUCCAUUGGAGAUGUUUACCUAAAAAAACCAGAGUUUGACAACAAUCCUCUGUUCCAACAAUUUGUAUGUCCGCUAUCUUUGAAGAGACCUGUAAUGACAGCAGAACCAUCGAUAUUGACGCGAAAAUUGAAGGCAGAAGAUCUGUUUUUGAUCUUUGCAUCAGACGGACUUUGGGAGCAUUUAACUGAUGAAGCAGCUGUUGAAAUAAUAUUCAGAAGUCCCAGAACAGGAAUAGCAAAACGGUUGGUGAGAGCUGCAUUGGAAGAGGCUGCAAAGAAAAGAGAAAUGAGAUAUGAGGAUUUAAAGAAAGUUGAGAAAGGUCUAAGGCGUCAUUUUCAUGAUGAUAUUACAGUGAUCGUUCUAUACCUGGAUCAUUCACAAGAAUCUCUGAAGGGGAGGUCAAGCCAUCAAGGAGUCCAUGGUUGCAUUGAUACUCCUGUCGAUGUCUUCUCGCUGAAAUCAGAUGAAACUGACCGGUGAACUCAAUAAGCUACUAGCACUAGAGUCUUGACUUCUUUUUACCUAGAAAUUGGUCAAAUAUAAAAUGAUAGUAAUCAGCGUGGCCGGAUCGAAGAGGUUGUAAAUGUGAUGUAAAUUGGCAAUUGCUGAUUAACGAUGCUGACAAUGUGGUGCUGUAAAAGAGUGGUCAUCUUUUAUAUUGAUGGUAUCCUUUUCAUUUCUCAAGGAAAAUUGAUAAAAUUCUGU